UAAAAUUGAGACAAUGGCUCCCGCGGGAUUGUAUAUACUUCUGUCUGCCUGCUGCGUGUCCUUGGCAUCCGCCGGAUUUGGAUUUGGCUUCGGUGGUGGCAGCCUUGGACUUGGAGGCGGAAACGGUGGUGGCUCUGCUCAAGCAAGCCUGCCUGGAUUGAGUCUGGGUGGCGAAUACAACAGAGGAUCUUCUGGAUCGGUUCUGAAUCAGGCUGCCAACGGCAUUCUGGGCGCUGCUUCGACUGGAGCCAAUGUAAUCCACUCCGCCGGAUCUGCAGCUGCCAGUCACGGAGCUCAGGCUGCCAAUGGAGUGCUAGGAGCAGCUGGAUCUGGAGCAGAUGCCGUCCACUCUGCCGGAUCUACAGCUGCUGCUCACGGAGCUCAGGCCAUAAACGGAGUAUUGGGAGUGGCGGCAACUGGAGCCAAUGUAAUCCACUCCGCCGGAUCUGCAGCUGCCAGUCACGGAGCUCAGGCUGCCAAUGGAGUGCUAGGAGCAGCUGGAUCUGGAGUAGAUGCCGCCCAUUCUGCCGGAUCUACAGCUGCCAAUCAUGGAGCUCAGGCCAUAAACGGAAUAUUGGGAGUGGCAGCAACUGGAGCUAAUGCUGUGCACUCGGCCGGAUCGACAGCCGCUUCCCACGGAGCCCACGAUGCCCACGCAGUGCUGGGAGCUGCUGCGACUGGAGUCAAUGCUGUACACUCUGCAGGUUCCACGGCGGCGGAUCAGCUACACAAAGCCUCUGAACACAGUGGAUCGAGUUCUGUUUCCAUUGGAGCUGGACAUUUGAAUAUUCAGUCCUCUGACAACAGUGGUGCCAAGCCGAAUGCUGCACACUUGACCAUUGGUUCUUCCGGCGUCACGGGUUCCAGUGGCCUCCAUCAUAGCACCGGUUCAGCUACUGUUGAUGCAGCGAAUGCAGUGCUGAAUGCAGCGGGAGCUGGAGCAACCGGAUCGUCCGGUGCCGCUCAUGGAGCUCAAGUUGUCAAUGGAGUUUUGGGAGUUGCAGGCGCCGGAGCCAAUGUUGUCCAUUCCGCCGGAUCAAUUGCUGCCGCUCAUGGAGCUCAGGCUGCAAACAAAGUUGCCAGCGGCAUUGCCAAUGGUGCAUCCACCGGUUCCGGAGCCAGUUCUGGUCACUUGAGCAUCGGGUCAUCUGGAAUUUCCGGAUCCAGCUCUGGCUCACAUGGCAAUGGUCACUUGAGCGUGGGAACUUCCGGCGCCAAUACAGCUCAAAUCACUGGAUCUUCGUCAGCUGGAGCACACCACACUGGAUCAGUACAGGCUGGUUCUGCCAAGAUCACAGCUGGACAUGGAAAAAUUGAAGCCUCUGGCUCGAAUUCCGGCGCUGCUGGUGCUGGUCACCUUGAUGUUGGAGCCACUGGUGCCAGUGCAAUGAAAACAUCCUCCACAUAUCAUAAAGCUGAAUCUUCGAAGGUCUCUGCUGGACAUGCAUCCACGGGAGGCGCUACAUCUGGCUCAACCAGCGGUCAGCUGAGUAUUGGAGCAUCAGGAGGUUCUGGCUCUGCUGGCUCCCAUGGAGUGGGAAAUUUUAACAUUAAAUCGUCUGAAACCACAUAUUCGUCAAAAACCGAAGAAUCCAAGUUUAGUGCUGGUCAUGCCCACAUUAGUUCUGGAUCCUCAACCAUUGGAGCCUCUGGAACACAAGCUGGAUCUGCCCACAUCAAGACAGAACACAAGAAAGUGGAAUCAUCGGGAUCGAGCUCCUCGCUCACUGGAUCAGGUUCUGCUUCCAUCGGUGCUGGUCAUCUGAAUAUCCAAUCUGCUGGCUCUACCGGUUCAUCCCAAACUGCUUCGAAUAGCGCAUCUAUUGGUGUCGGACAUCUGAGCAUUGGAGCAACAGAUUCCACCUCUAAGGAAUCCUCUGCCCAUGCCUCAUCUGGUCACUUAAGCAUCGGAUCAGCUGGAAUCUCUGGAUCUGCUGGUUCAGGAGCUGGAUCAUCCAAGAUCAAUGCUGGACAUUUGAGUAUCGGAACCUCUGGAAUCUCCGGAUCUGCUGGUUCUGGAGCUGCAGCUGGAUCAUCCAAGAUCAAUGCUGGACAUUUGAGUAUCGGAUCCUCUGGAAUCUCUGGAUCUGCUGGUUCAGGAGCUGGAUCAUCCAAGAUCAAUGCUGGACAUUUGAGUAUCGGAACCUCUGGAAUCUCCGGAUCUGCUGGUUCUGGAGCUGGAUCAGCCAAGAUCAAUGCCGGACAUUUGAGUAUCGGAUCCUCUGGAAUCUCCGGAUCUGCUGGGUCUGGAGCUGCAGCUGGAUCAUCCAAAAUCAAUGCCGGACAUUUGAGUAUCGGAUCCUCUGGAAUCUCUGGAUCUGCUGGUUCUGGAGCUGGAUCAGCCAAGAUCAAUGCCGGACAUUUGAGUAUCGGAUCCUCUGGAAAUGCAGGAUCAGCUUCCUUAGGGUCGAAUGGCCUGUCAGUUGGAGCAAACGGACACAAAUCUAGCACCGCUGGAUCGAUUGGACUAGCCGGUGCCCACGAUGCAGCUUCUCUGGCCCAUGGAGUCGCCAGUGGUAUACUGACACCUGCUGUGGGUUCGGGAAGUCUCUCUCUCGGUGGUAACACUGGAUCUUCGGGAUCGAGCGGAGCUUCCAGCCAAGGAGGAUAUCGUCAGGGAAGUAUCAAUUUGGGAGGAAACGGUCUAAGCCUUGGAGGCAAUCUCGGUGGAAAUUCCGGAAGUGCCGGAUUUGGAUUGGGUGGCGCUCACCUGGGAGGAUCCAUAAACCGUGGUGCUGGUCUUUUCCUUGGCUAAUUUUAAGUUACCUUUAAUAUUUUGAAGUAUUCUAUAUUUAAAUUGUAUAUUUAAAAUUUCAACUGGACAAUUAUUAAUCUUUACUAUUAAACCUUUUGCGAAUGCAAA